CUACAGUGAGAGAUUUAGUGGAAGAAAAGCCCACAACUGGAAAGAAACCACGACUAAAGACGAGGGAAGAUCAACAAGUGAACCAGCCCGAGUACUGAGAGCAUCAACUGGAGAGAACCCAUCUGACUCGGAGAUUCCACUGAUUCAGUCAGGAGAAAGUUUGGUCACUGCCAGCAGGUGGAGCUUUCUGCCACCCAGGCGGCAGACAAGAAGACGACAAUCAACCAACCUCAGUCAGACUCAGAAUGGACACAGAUCUGAACUCCGCCAUCUCCGCCUUCCUGUCAAAUUGUGAGGAUCACCAACUGUUCCAGUUGACGAGUUUCUACAUGGAGCGACUGGAGCAGGCGAUUGAGCAGGGUGUGGAGGGAAUCGGUUUCAUGCUAACUCAUGAUCAUCAUUUCAAUGAGCGAGAGUAUCACAGCGUGGCUGAGCUCGCGGAGAAGGGAAACCGACCGGGCGCUUCCAAACUCCUCCUGGAUCUGGUGAUGGAGAAGGGCUCCGGGGCCCGGAGAGUGAUGUGGGAAUCCUAUGUGAAACUACAUCACCAUUUACCGAAGCUGAGCAGAAUAUUGGAUGAAAUACGGGAACGAGGUAACGGCCAGUUCGCCUACAUGGAAACUGAGCGGGGUUUCUCUGAAGUGCCCAAGCAUCUGAAAGAUGUUCGAAGGAAACACAUGGAGACUCUGCGGGCACAAACUGAAACACUGAGAGUGAACACGAUCCUGAUGAGGGAGAAGGUGAAGGUUUUCCAGCUGGUUGAUCGAUACGCUGAACUCACGGUCAUUUCUACUGUUCGAGAUCGGACACUGGUGGAACAUGAGCUGCUGGCAAGAGGCAGAGACCACGAGGAGUGGAGAGAAAAAGAUCUCCGUGGUAAGCUAGAAAAAAUCCGGACUGAUCAGUUAUUCAAGAAGAGUUUUGUUCAAAAAUUGAAAAGAUCUAUCUUUAGAAACAAAUCAGGGAUGUCCGCAGCAGUGGCUGGAGUCCCAGGGAUCGGGAAAACAACAAUGGUACAAAAGAUUGUUUACGACUGGGCCGAGAGGAAGAUAUACCAACAAUUCCAGUUUGUCUUCAGUUUCAAAUUCCGGGAUUUAAACACCAUUAACUGCAGAAUAAACCUGAAGGAACUGAUUCUGCAUCAUUAUCCCUACUUUGGGAAUAUCCUGAGAGAGGUCUGGAAACACACAGAGGGACUGCUGUUCAUAUUCGACGGAUUGGAUGAAUUCAAGGACAAAAUCAACUUUGUUGAUGGUCGGAGAGACACAGAAUCACAGUACACAGAUCCUGAAUUCAAGUGCAAUGUGUCUGAUAUUGUGUACAGUUUAAUCCAGGGCAAGCUGCUCCCAGGGUGUUCAGUGCUGGUGACCACCCGUCCCACUGCGUUACAUUUAUUGGAAAAGGCGGAUAUCAGUGUCUGGGCUGAAAUCCUGGGAUUUGUUGGUGAGGAAAGGAAGGAAUAUUUCAUCAGGUAUUUUGAAGAUCAGAAGGUGGCAGAAGCAGUUUUCAAACACGUGAAGGAGAAUGAGAUCCUGUACACCAUGAGCUACAACCCCUCCUACUGCUGGAUCCUCGCUCUGGCACUGGGCCCCUUCUUCACACAAAGAGUCAGGGACCCGCAGCGAGUUCCCAAGACCAUCACCCAACUGUACUCCUACUAUAUUUACCACAUCCUGAAAAACCAUGGCCGUGAGAUUGAGAACCCCCGUGAUGUGUUACUCAGAGUUGGUCAGAUGGCCUUCAGAGGAGUGUCCGAGAAGAAGAUUGUGUUUACAGGUGGAGAUUUGAUCAACUACAAUCUGCAGCCUUCCCAGUUCCUGUCCGGUUUCCUGAUGGAGCUUUUGGAGAGAGAGGAUUCUGCCCAGAGCGUGGUGUACACAUUCCCACACCUCACCAUCCAAGAGUUUGUAGCUGCAGUCGCACAAUUCCUGAAUCCACAUCCCGGGGAUAUCCUGAAAUUCCUCACUGGAGCCCACAACACGACAGAUGGGCGAUUUGAGGUAUUUCUCCGUUUUGUUGCUGGUCUCUCCAACCCAAUGACAGCUCGCGGCCUGGAGGAUUUUCUGGGUCCAUUUCCCAAUGAAACAACCUGCCGGGUGAUUGACUGGGUGAAGGAGGAGGUUAAACGCCGGAGUAGAAACACAGCGAGUGAAGCUGAUAAAAGGAGCCUCCUGAACACAUUGCACUACCUGUUUGAAUCUCAGAAUCGUGGACUGGCUCAGGCAGCGCUGGGAUUUGUGGAAAGGUUUUCACUCAGUGGAAUGACACUGACACCAAUUGACUGCGCGGUCCUGUCUCAUGUCAUCGGACUCUGUGAUACAAUAAAACAGCUCGACCUGGAGAACUGCCACAUUCAGUAUGAGGGAAUACAGCGGCUGGGACCCGGGCUGCACAAGUGCCAGGAGUUGAGACUUGGGGAGAAUGAACUUGGAGAUUCAGGAGUGAAACUGGUGUCUGCGGCUCUGAGGAACCCGGAGUGUAAAAUACAGAAACUGUGGCUGGACAAUGUCGGUCUCACAGAUUCUGGUGCCGAGGAUCUCGUCUCCGCUCUCAGUACAAAACCAUCACUGACGGAGCUGGACCUGGGAUUAAACUCUCUGACAGACCGAUCUGUCCCCGCUCUCCGCCGCCUCAUCCUGACCCUCCCGAGUCUGGAGUGGAUCCGGCUGUGGGGGAAUCGGUUCAGUGAGACCGGGAGGAAGGAACCGAGACCCGGACUGAGAGUGGAGACCAUGUGAACAUUUGAAUGUGGUGAAUCGGUUCAGUGAGACCGGGAUGAAGGAACUGCGAUCUCUACAGGAACCCAGACCCGGACUGACAGUGAUCCUGUGAACAUCUGAAUGUGGUGAAUCGGUUCAGUGAGACCGGGAUGAAGGAACUGAGAUCUCUGCAGGAAGUCAGACCCGGACUGAGAGUGGAUCUGAACAUCUGAAUGUGGUGAAUCGGUUCAGUGAGACCGGGAUGAAGGAACUGAGAUCUCUGCAGGAAGUCAGACCCGGACUGACAGUGAUCCUGUGAAUAUCUGAAUGUGUGAACAUCCCCGCCCGCGGGACGGGGACAUUUGGCCGACUCCCCGCCCUCCCCUUUAACUCCCGCCCUUACCUUUAACGGCCGCGCGCCGGGCUGAUUCCCAACGGUUUUCACGGAACCGGCUCGGGCCUCGCGCUGUGUGCGUCGCUCGCAGCGGUCCCGCCGUGACGUGUUUCCGCCUGUUGUCCGGCGGGGCAGCUUCCGCCGGAAGUGCAUGUACGAGACUCCCCACGUGACUCCCCGGGGAAUUACCCGGACAGGAAGAGCCCGGAGUCCGGGGCUCAGUCUGGGACACCGGUGUCCCGGGGUGGGGGGGAUGAUCCCGGGAGAGAAUCCUUUUGCCCCCUUUGCUGAGGACGGUGCAUUCGGCAGUCUGGCCGAUAUAAUGAUGUUAAAUCGACAAAUCCCUCGGCAGUGACCCUGGAUCUGCAGCGAUCCCGGACACGGCCCUGAAGUGUGAUUUUAUAAUCAUCGGUUCCCCGAUGCAGAGUGACGGUGAGAAACGGGACUGAUUAUUCAUCCGGUCACUCGUUGUCGCCGGUCAGUUAAUUGUGUGUGACUGUGAGUGAGUCGGGAGCGGUUUAUUUAUUCCCGCACGUCAGCAGCUCACACAUAGUUUCAUUUACAUUUGUAAAUUUACUCACACCCGGGACCAGCCACAGAGAGAAUUGUCCUCCAUACCGUCCCAUCACACAAUCCCGGGGUCAGACACAGAGUGAAUCCCCCUCCACUCCGUCCCAUCACACAGUCCCGGGGUCAGACACAGAGUGAAUCUCCCUCCACACCGUCCCAUCACACACUUGCAAUGCCAAGCACACAGUGAAGCUCCGUCUGCACCAUUCCAUCACUCAAUGAAUUCCACCCUGCAAAAUCUCAUUUCAAGGAAGCAGACACCAUCAAUUUGCGGGAGACUCCUUAGCGGCCAGCCAGCUAGUUUAAAUAACGUUAGCUAUGUUAAUGAACGAAUGACACCCGUUAAACUCACCUCAACAGUGAUUUAACCCCCCACGGGAAAUAGAAAAGUCACUGUUGCAAACAGUGCAGCGAGCAAUACUGUCAUUAUUCCUGACCCCUAUUAGGCAGGGGAACACUUCAGUGUAGUCUGUGGUGAAAUACGUUUUGUAUUUUAUUUUUUUUUAAAUACUCUGCCAUGGAGCGCUCCCUCCCUCUCCCUCCCCCUCUCAAAAAAAUCGAUUUGCGGGAGAUUGAAUAUAAUUCGCGGGCGUCAGGGCGCCGCUAACAAUAUGCGGGAGACUCCCGGAACUUCCGGGAGAGGUGGGAUGUCCGACGCUUGAAAUGGCCGCUGGGGAGGGAGUGACGGCUUUGGUAGAAGUGAGCACAAGAGAGGGAGGGUCGCGCUGAUUUUAAAGGGGUGAAUCCUUGGUUAAUGCGGCCGCCAGGGAUGGAGUGAGACACUGACUUACAAUGGCCACUGUCGCACACAGAAUCUAUGGCGAAGGAACAUGCGGUGCCCAUGGAUACAAUCCCGGGAUCAAGUGUGUUAUUGAUUGUAAUAACAGUAUUUUAAUUUGUGUUUUAUAUUAUCUUGGGCGUUGUACAUAUGUUUUAAGUCCAAUAAUUUUGUCAUUGAAUAAACUAAUGUAUAUAUCUCA